AUGACCGACAAGGAACCUAUCGCCUUUCCUUCAGGUGAGGAAACUCGCAAGCACCAUGCCUACCCGGCAACUAUUUGGGCGUUGGAACCAGACCGCAAAGGCAAAGCGGCUGUUGCAGAAGGCCGCGGCGGCCCAAUCAACAUUGCAUGGGAAAUCCAUGGAAGCGGUCCUAUGAAAAUAGUGCUCAUCAUGGGUCUUGGUGGUGUCAAGACCUCCUGGCAGCGACAGACAUGUUACUUUGGCCACGAUAAUGGAGACAAGUAUUCAGUACUGCUGAUUGAUAACCGCGGUAUCGGAGAAAGCGAUAAGCCAAUGACUAGAUACACGACAAGCGGUAUGGCCAUGGAUGUUGUUGAGGUACUUGACCACGUCGGCUGGACCGGCGAUCGCCAGAUCAACCUCCUUGGUAUCUCUCUUGGCGGCAUGAUUGCACAAGAAGUCGCCUGUCUUAUCCCCAGCAGGCUUCAGUCCUUGUCCCUUCUAUGCACCACUGCAGCGUUUGACAGCAAUCUGGGACCUGUGGGCCGUGCAAAGCAGGCCAUUACCAUGUUCCUUCCCAAGAGCGAGGAUGAGAAUGUCGCAGACACAGCGAAGAAGCUAUUCCCAGAGUCGUGGCUAGCAGGCGAAGACAUGGAAAUCCUACCAUCGCCAAAGAAGACAGCCAAAUGUGGCCUAGCUCCUGGCUCGGCGGAUGGCGAGUAUCAACGAUUUGAUAGCAACUUCCAGCGCUUCCAAGCCCAGGAGAUUACGAAAAGGGAGAUUGAAGGACACUUUACCAAGGGUGGCUUCUUCUGCCAGCUCGGUGCUGUGAUUGGGCACAACAAAUCUGUCGAUCAACUCCGCCAGAUGGCAGACUUGGUUGGCCGUGACCGCAUUCUCAUUAUGCAUGGAACAAGAGACAGCAUGAUUCCAGUAAACAAUGGAGAGCGCUUGAUCAAGAUGGUAAAACCAAAGACGGGUCUCAUUGUAGAGGAUAUGGGGCAUGUGCCUAUCAUGGAGCGUGUUACUUGGUUUAACAAGCUUAUGGAGGAGAACUUUGCCACAUGGGCUAAGCUAUGA